AUGACGGACCUUGGAGAGCUUCAUUACUUCUUAGGUAUUGAAGCAACACAAAACUCCAGCGGCAUUCUUUUGUCUCAAACAAAAUACACUUUGGAUCUCCUUAGCGGCACAGGAAUGAAAGAAUGUAAACCUGCUACUACUCCAACAACAGUGGGCUCUAAGGUCUCAACAAUUCAAGGCCAAUUGUUGGAUGAUCCACAUGAAUAUCGUCAAAUCAUCGGUGCCCUUCAAUAUCUCACCAUGACUCGACUGGACAUUUCCUAUGCGGUAAAUCAAGUGUGUCAGUAUCUGCAGGCUCCACGAACCGAUCAUCUUGUGGCGGUCAAGCAUAUUCUAUGCUAUCUCAAACAUACAGUGGGCGCUGGAACUCUUCUCAAACCAGGCCCUCUUCAACUAAUUGUUGCAUAUACUGAUGCCGAUUGGGCAGACUGCCCCGACACAAGACGGUCAACAACUGGGUUUUGCACUUAUCUCGGCCCCAACUUGAUCUCAUGGGGUUCUAGGAAACAACCAACGGUUUCUCGCUCAAGCUCUGAAGCCGAAUACAAGGCACUGGCUGUCAUCGUUUCAGAAAUGUUGUGGUUGUCCUAUUUACUCAAUGAUCUGCGAAUCACAGCUACAUAUCCAGUGGUAAUCUGUUGUGACAACAUCUCUGCUACUCAAAUGGCUGCAAACCCUGUUCUUCAUGCUCGAACGAAGCAUAUAGAAUUGGACUAUCAUUUCGUUCGAGACUUAGUGAUCAGCAACAAAGUCACUGUACAGUUUGUUCGUUCUGCAAGUCAGAUAGCAGAUAUAUUCACAAAGAGCCUAUCUUCCGCAGUGGUGAAAAUUGAUGUGAAGGAGAUCUUGUAA